AUAAAUAACUUAGACUCUAUGAUAGAGUCUGCAUUGUGAGUAUAUCAAAAAUAGUGUAUGACUAGUGAUAGUGAUCAAAGUAGUCUUAGCGCAGCAUAAGUACACCUGGAUGCCUUCCUAGAAACAAACAACGCCACGCCAAUCAAGCACGCCUAAACAACUGGCCAACGCCAUUGACCAGCUAAGCACGCGAUCAUUAUUAUUAUUUUUCGUUCUCUGUCCUCUCCCUAAACACGUCAUGUAAUUCCGUUCUCUACCGACCUUGGCAUGCAGCAGAGGUCGCGUUGACGCCGGCAUUGGAAGCAGCAGCAGCGCAGGUCGAUCGGGCCAGCCGGCCAGGGCAAGCGCCAGGCAAGAACAGCAGCAAUGAACUCGCCGCCGGGCGACGGCGGCGGCGGGAGCGCGCACGGCAUAUUCGGGUCUAGCGGCAUCAGCGGGUUCGGGUACGGCAUCGGCGUGUCCAUCGGCAUCCUCCUCGUGGUCACCACCAUCGCGCUCGCCAUCUACUUCUGCACGCGCACGUCCAUGCCCGUGGUGUCCGCCGCCGGCGCGCCCGCGCUGCCGCGGGACGUGGAGCAAGGGGGCAUCGACGAGGCGACGCUGGAGGCGUUCCCGGCGGUGUCGUACGCGGAGGCGAGGAUGAGGAGGAAGGGGAAGGCGCCCGCGGCGGCGGCGCAGGAGGAGGCGUUCUGCUGCUGCCCCGUCUGCCUCGACGGCUACGGCGACGGCGACGUGGUCCGGGUGCUCCCCGACUGCGGCCACCUGUUCCACCGGGACUGCGUCGACCCCUGGCUCCGGAAGCGGCCCACGUGCCCCGUCUGCCGGACGUCGCCGCUGCCCAGCCCCAUGCCCACGCCUCUCGCCGAGGUCACGCCGCUGGCGUCCGCAAGGGCAAGGCCGUCGUGACUCGUGAGGGUUCUUUUUUUUUCUUGCGCGCGCUCUCGUGGCCUCCUCUGCUGCACUCUGCUUGCUUCGUCUCUUAUUUGGUUUCAUUUCUACAUAU